UGUUUGUAAUAAUGUGUCGAACGCUAAAACAUUGAUGGGACAUAAUAUUCGACGACCCUCAUCAAUUGAAUUUCCAUUUAUAGCAGGAAUUAUAAGGCGUAAUCGAGAUUUCAUAACAGAAAGAGACACCGUAUGCACAGCAUCGCUAAUAACGGAUAAAAAUAUUUUAACUGCUGAGCAUUGUUUGACAAAUGAAGUAGUCAAUGGUCUUAUAAUAAUUGUUGGAUCAAAUGAUUUGGAAUCGCCUUCCAGAUAUUAUCCAGCUUGGUGGAUAUCUUUUAAUCAAUGGUCUAAGCUUCCAUCUUCACGCACCACAAUUUAUAGCAAUGAUAUUGCUGUUAUAAACUUGUCAACUAUUAUUCGCGACCGAAUUCCUUAUGGGAUUUUAUCCUUUCUAUCAUAUCGCGAACUGAGGAACAAAGACGUUGUUACAGUAGGAUGGGGCGAAAUAAAUAAUGGCUCGUUUCCUCGGUUAUUGCAUGCAGUUAAUUUAAAAGUUUUAACGAAAACGGAUUGCGCACUGCGAGCUCGUGCUCUCAGUGGUGAGAAUUUUAAAAUCAAUGAAAAUCUAAUAUGUACAGUCGGAGAUCCUUUUGCAUUACUAAUGAGGGGAGACAGUGGUGGGCCACUUUUGUACAAGAAUAAAAUCGUAGGCAUUAAUACAGGCACAGGUCCACUUCCUCAACAAAGCUUUCAUCCUGACAAAAUAAACGUUCACUGCAAUCUCAAACAUUAUAAUGAUUUUUUGUUGAAUAUCAUAUCUUAUAUGUAACGGUAUUUCUUGGUAUU